GUUCUUUCUCUACGGAGCGCUGAUUCUGUUACACAACAGGCGGAAGUUGCUGUUGGACGUUUUGAAAUCGUAAAUUUUUAUUUUUCAGAGUGUUUUCUGUUUGCUUCAGUAUUUACAGGAAUAUUAGUAGGACACAUUUGCGUUUUUAUUAACAAUAUUGUCGCUAACAGACCGCUAAACUAUGGACAUACCGAGCUAUUAAUCGCUAACCAGUCGGUGGUCUUUUUUAUCCACCUGUUCUCCGGUGUAAAAAGGCGUGUUGGCGGAUUGUGCCGGAAAAGAGGUGGGAAAUAAAGUGUGCGGCGAGCCGGAAAUAUAUUAGAUCUGAUGUUGUGGGCAGAGCCGAGAUGUUGAUUGACAUCUCCCAUCAUGCCCUGCUGCGCCCCCUGAGCCGUAAUGAGGUGGUGGGCAUGUUACUGAGACUCACCAUCUUUGGUGCAGCUACAUACUAUGGCAUCAGAUGGGUGGUGGAGGCUCUGGACCCGACACAGAGACAGAAGUCAGACGCUAAGAAGAGGGCUGACCAGAUGAUGAGAAGGAUCGGGGUUGAGGGACUGAGUCUGACUGAGUAUGAGAUGAACAUCGCUUCUCAUCUGGUGGACCCUCGCAGUAUGAAGGUGACGUGGACAGACGUUGCAGGUCUUGAUGACAUCAUCACUCAGCUGCAGGACUCCGUCAUCCUGCCUAUACAGAAACGUCAUCUGUUCCGAGGAUCCAAACUUUUACAACCACCCAGAGGUGUGUUGUUAUACGGUCCUCCUGGCUGUGGGAAAACUUUAAUAGCGAAGGCAGCUGCCAAAACCUCAGGCUGUCAGUUCAUCAACCUCCAGGUCUCCACUUUGACUGACAAGUGGUACGGCGAAUCGGAAAAGCUCACUGCUGCUGUCUUCUCAUUGGCUGUUAAACUGCAACCCUGCAUCAUCUUCAUCGAUGAGAUAGACUCGUUUCUGAGGUGUCGCUCCAGUUUGGAUCACGAGGCCACGGCAAUAAUGAAAGCUCAGUUUAUGAGCCUGUGGGAUGGACUGGAGACUGGCCCUGACACUCAGGUAAUGGUGAUGGGGGCCACUAACAGGCCGCAGGACGUGGACAUUGCAAUCCGACGCAGAAUGCCAACAGCCUUCUACGUGAGACUUCCUAAUAAAGCUCAGAGGAAGGAGAUCCUUCACCUCAUACUGUCUGGAGAAAACCUGAGUACGGCGGUGAAUCUGAUGGAGAUCGCCGAGCAGACGGAGGGAUUUUCAGGCAGUGAUCUGAGGGAGGUGUGUCGCGAUGCUGCUCUGUACAGAGUCAGAGAUUUUAUACGCAAACAGCAGAUGAAACAAAUCACACAGCAGCUACGACUCCAUCAAGAUGAAGAUGAGACAGAGGACAGUCUGUGUCUGAGGCCAAUCACGCAGCUUGACCUGCUGUUCGGACUGGAUAAGAUGAACGAGUCGAAACAGGCCACAGCUCCCACCGGUGAUGUGUUUGUGGACUAGAACACAUCAGGGCAGUUCUGUGUAAGUUGAUGCCGUUGGCUUGUGCAUGUAGCCAGAAGGUUGUGAGUUCAUGUUCCAACACUGAAGGAGAGCCACCUGUUAAUAUUAUAAAACUGUUAUUAACUCUGUAUUUAUAAAUCUAUACAGAUAACAUUAAUACAAUAGGAGAUUCCUAUGAGUUUAUUCUCAUAGCCAAUCACAAGGCUGUUCCACACUAAGAGAAUCCAUACUACAGUAAAUAGAUGUACAUCAGUGUGUGUGUGUGUGUAUAUAAAACUGUAUAUAUGUGCUGUAAAAGAUUCUGUUUGUGUUAGAAAUGUUAAAUACUGUGCUGUGAAAAUGUUUUAAAUAUUUUAAUGUUUCUUCCAAAUGUAUGGAUUAAUAAACAGAUAUAAUAAAAACCCA